GUGUGGGUGGGCACCCUCUCCACGUGCCCAGACGGCAGUCGCCUGGAGUGUAAAAGCACCAGCGCCGCGCAGCCCGGCGUGCAAGACGCGAUCGGCGACACAAUCCUCUGGGUCAGCCAGGUCACGCCGCAUGGAGUCCUGGUCUUCCUGCCUUCGUACCAGCUCAUGAACCGGCUCGCCAGGAGGUGAGUCAUGUUAC